CUGAUACGAAUCUUGUAACUUUUAUCUGACUCUGAGGUUUACUUCUAGUUAUUCAGGCUACUGUUCGCGGUUAUAAUCGGAAAUCAGAUAGCAUCACGGAACUUUGCUGAAAGAUGUUUUCGAUCGAAAUGUGGUCGCUCGUGAGAUUGCAACCCUUCGUUCACGUUAACUGCAACUAGCCUUCAAGAAGUUGUUCCACGUCGUCACGACCGCUGUAUUGCAGUGUAUUGCGCUUUUCAGUCACACCCUAGACUGAGUGCGUGACGCCCUGCAUGGAAAUUUGUAAGUACAGUCCAUUCUAAACAGCUGUAAUUUAUAAACUCAGAGAAUUGUGGUAUUCAUAGAGCUCUAAGUGCCAUUCGUCGCUGCGUUCAAAUGUCGGGUAUUGUUCGGCAAGUUCUUUAUCUUCAUUUAUCGGGUGUACCUAUCUGAUGUUCAAGAGAGAAGGCACAUUGACUUUAAAGACUUUGUUUUUCAUUUAGUUGAACAAUAGAACACCAUAGUGGGUUAUUUAUGGACUAAGGUAAAUGUGGAAUCACAAUAGUCAAAACUAGGAAUUCAAGAUGUAAGUAACUAAAAUAAACACCUGAAGUAUUGGAGGUGCUGCUGGUGAAGGAUUGGCUAUUAGUGAAUGCAUACCUGAACAUUACUAUGAGAACAGAGGUUGGUUUUGUACUUGUCACAAGAUUCCCAGCAGUUACUGUUCUCAACAAGGAGCAAGAAGACCAACACCUGCCAGUUCUGUGACAAGAACACCAUAACGUAUACCUGCAGAAACCAUGAAAAAUGUUAUAAACUAAGUGGAGAGCAACAAUACAAAUGCAGAUCAUGUGAAAGGGGAUUAAAUAACAGAAACAACUACUUAAGAAAUGACAGGAGGGAAGUGACCAUCCAUGAGUCAGUGUUGUAAAAAGGAACAAAAUGGCUCACACUGGAGAAAAGCCAUUCAAAUGCCAGUAUUGUGAAAAGAGUUUUGGUGUUAAAAAGAGCUGUAUACAUCAUGAACGGAUCCACACUGGAGAAAAACCUUUCAAAUGCCAGUAUUGUGAAAAGAGAUUUAUUGUCAGACCUAGUUGUAAACAACAUGAAAGGACCCACACUGGAGAGAAACCCUUCAAAUGCCAGUAUUGUGAAAAGAGAUUCACUGUUAAAUGGAGUUGCAUACAACAUGAAAUGAACCACACUGGAGAAAAACCAUUCAAAUGCCAGUAUUGUGGAAAGAGUUUUACCCGCCAAAGUAAAUAUAAACAACACGAAAGGAUUCACACUGGAGAAAAACCAUUUAAAUGCCAGUAUUGUGAAAAGAGUUUUAGUGGUAAACCCAACUGUAUGCAACAUGAAAUGAUCCACACUGUAGAAAAACCAUUUAAAUGCCAGUAUUGUGAAAAAAGUUAUAGUGUCAAAAGUAGAUGUAAACAACAUGAAAGGACUCACACUGGAGAAAAACCAUUCAAAUGCCAGUAUUGCAAAAAGUGUUUUAAAAUCAAACAGGGUUGUAUAGCGCAUGAAAAGACUCACACUGGAGAAAAACCAUUUAAAUGCCAGUAUUGUGAAAAGAGUUUCAGUGGUAAACGAAAUUGUAUGCAGCAUGAAAUGAUCCACACUGGAGAAAAACCAUUCCAAUGCCAGUAUUGUGAAAAGAGUUUUAAUGUUAAACGGGGUUGUAUACGACAUGAAAGGACCCACACUGGAGAAAAGCCCUUCAAAUGUCAGUAUUGUGAAAAGAGUUUCAGCAUAAAACAAAGUUGUUUACAACAUGAAAUGAACCACACUGGAAAAAAACCAUUCAAAUGUCAGUAUUGUGGAAAGAGUUUUGGUCGUAAGCAAAAUUUUAUAAAACAUGAAAGGACCCACACUGGAGAAAAACCAUUCAAAUGCCAGUAUUGUGAAAAUAGUUUCUGUAGCAAACAAAGUUGUAUACAACAUGAAAUGAACCACACCGGAGAAAAACCAUUUAAAUGCAAGUAUUGUAAAAAGAGUUUUUGCGUCAAAAGUAAAUGUGAACAACAUGUGAGGACUCACACUGGAGAAAAACCAUUCAAAUGCCAGUAUUGUGAAAAUAGUUUCUGUAGCAAACAAAGUUGUGUACUACACGAAAAGAACCACACUGAAGAAAAAUCAUUUAAAUGCAAGUAUUGUGAAAAGAGUUAUAGCAUCAGAAGUCAAUGCAAACAACAUGAAAUGAUUCACACAGAAGCCUCACUUCAGACUAUAAGAAAGGAAUUUCAAGAAGAGAAUAUACCACAUGGGACAAUGGUUUCACUCCAAUCUAUAAAAAGAGAAUUUCAAGAUGAGGCUAUGUCACACGGGACAAAUGAUCAAAGGGAAUCUGAUAUAGAUACUGUAGUCAAAAUGGAGUUAAAUGAUAGCAGUGCUUCAGAACUGAGACCUAACAUUUACCCUGUUGCAAUGUUUAGAAAUGUAUUUGCAGAUACUGAUGUAGUGUCAGAUUACACAUAAAUCAAUAGGCUUGGAUUUAGAUGGGUAUUAAAGUUUUAGCUUAAUUAGUGUAUUGACUGAACUUUUAAACAAUAAUGACUGAAGUAAAAGACAAUUCUCUUUCUUUUCA